AUGAGCACCACUCCUGUUUCAAGGUUCAGGGGGCCAGCCUAUUUGCAGCUGUGUCCCCAGUCUAGCGAUUGUGCUGAACUUUUGGUAAAUGUGGAUGGGCCGAGUGCAAAAGAUUUGUCAGUUGACCCAAACACAUUUUGUCUUCCACAAGAUGCUAAUCAGGAAUUCUAUACCCGAGCUUUACAGUACAGUUGUUCUGUUUCAAAGCAGGGAUUUGAAGCCCAAGGUCUUCUCGUGAAUGCUGCAGAGUUUGGUCUAAAUAAUGAUUCUGCUGUGGUGGGAGGAUAUCAACAAUUUGACUACCUUCUGGGGCCUCCUCAGCCUGAAGUGCAUGAAGGAAUGCAGAUGCAAAAUAUCAACACAAAUAUCAUCCACCGUCGUAGACCUUCCAAUGCAUCCUGUCUUGAUCAUACAGAAGAACUAACUUCCUAUGACAAUGAUGACAGAGCUAUCUCAUUUGGAAGUAGUUGUAGCACAGGAAUUGCGAGUUAUCCAUAUAAUACUCCUUUGCAAAGCAAUAGCCACAUUUCGAGCACACGGGAUGGAACUUGGGAUGCCCUUAUGCAAAUGCAAAAGGCUUUGGAAGCAUCCAACAGUGACAAUGGACUCAAUGAAGAGUGCAGUGACUUGACUUUCAAUCAUGCAGAACUGUCAGGUGGGAAUACCAUGAAGCAUCAAGUUGUUUGGGACAAUGGCUCUUUAAAAAGCCCAUCUUUCACCUCAAGUUAUAUGUCUUUCCCUGGUGAUACUGAGACCACCCUCACAAGUGCCUCCACUGUUUGUAGCUUUCAGAACUUUGCUGAUCUCCAACAUAAGAUGAAUAACAAUGAGCAAAACAAAUUAUCUUUUGAGGUCGAACUGCCUCAUCAUAAAGGGCCCACAAGGAGCCAUGUUAAUGGAAGCCGAGGUGAAAUGCAUUCUGCUGAAUGGGGAACAAAUCCUGGCCACAUAGAAUCUUCUGGCUUUAUGCCAAGCACUGAAGACAGACAGAAUGAUAUAUCACAUCAACUGUCAAGUUCAUUUGUAUAUACUGCAGAUGGAAUUGUGGAUAAUGGCUCAAAAAAGUCACCCCUCUUGUAUGAAUGUGAAGAGCAAAUGGAAAUUGAUUCGCUUCUAAAUUCUUUUGGUGUAUCAACUGAUUCCUUUCCACAAACAUGUGGAAUGUUUGAACAAAGCGACAGUUUGGUUGAGGUUGGUAUGAAGAUCGAAUUGGAUGAAAGUGGUUCUGCUGCAUGCUUUAGUAAUACUACCCCAUAUAUGCAAACUGGACCACUGGAGUCAGCUAUAUCUGAUGGAUCUUCUUAUCCUGAACAGUAUCAAUCUACUUCUCAAACAUGUGGCUUAUUUUAUGCUUCAGCAUCUCAGUGGCAAAAUAUGUCAAGUUCUGGAUUGCCUUUACUGGACUGUCGCAAAAGUAUUGGUGAACCCAGUUCAAUAAUUAACCUGGGGGAAAAUGAUAAAGCACACCUGCUGCCCACAAGUGAAGAGUUCACUGGUAGCUUGGAUGGCCAAUCUUGUCCAAUAGGGGCUUCUGUAUGUCAUGAUGAGGCAAUGGCAGCCAAAGUUUUACAGACGGCACAACCUGACGUAGUCACGGAUUGCACCUUUGGAUGCUCAGACAUGCAGCUACCCAUUACACAGACUGCUUCUGUUCAAGAGCCUGGCCUGAGUUUGUCCAAGGACCUCAACUUAUCAUGUAUUCAAGGAACAGAGAUCAAGAAAGUAGAUUUAACAGAAAAAUACAAUUCUGAAUGCAAUGGCAUCCUCCGCCCCAAGUCUUUUGAACAAAACACUCCUGAGAGUAUGGGUAUUAAAACAUACAUGUAUGGUUGUGAUGAUUAUAGCCAGAUUGUUGAUCCUCAGCAGAGUACCAUGCCCUCAGCAAGCAAACCUUCCCACUCAAGUGUUUUGCCGGUUGACAAGCUUGAUGAGAAGGUCGUUUUUUCACAGCAAAAAAAGCGGAAAAGGGCAACAGAAAAGCUUUUAGCAUGGCAUGCACAAGUCAUGACCGUGCAUGGGAGCAGGCAUCGCAGAAGAAUUCCUGAGUUGGAUUGGGCUCGUGCUACCAAAAGAUUGGUUGAGAAGGUAGAUGGUGUGAAUGCAACAAUGGGAAGUAGCAGCUUUAGUACUCGAGCUCAGAAAAGACUUGUUUUGACAACUAGUCUGAUUCAGUAUAUUCUUCCUGUUGUACCAGCUAGACUUCUUGCCACAAAUGUUACUAAUUCCGCUGAAACCAUCGUAUACCACCUUUCUAAAUUCGCACUCAGUGACACAUGUGACACUGUUCUGUCUGUUGGGAAUGACGACAUUGCUGAGAAGAUGAUGACAUUACAUGAUAUGGCAUCAGAGCUGCAGGACUUGGAGCGGUGGUAUAUUGUCUAUCAACUUGCAAAGUGUCAUGGAUACGCUAAAAAAUCUGGACUGGACCCCUGCACAGCUACUGUCAAGAAACAUGAUGGAGCUGCUGCAGCACCAGUAGACUCGCUGAGUAGUAUCAUGUGUCGCUUACUGAACUAG